AUGGCUUCCUCGGCGCAUACAAGUCCCAUACAGUGGCCUCUCUACCACAACAACGAGGUUCACUUUGUUUAUGAGGCACCCUGGUGGUCGCGGGUUGUAUUGCUCGUUGAUGUUGCCAUGCUCCUCCCUUUGUUUGUCAUUUUCAAUUACACCCUACCUCGAGUCUACCCAGUCUUUGCCAUCGUACAGGACAGAAAGCGAGAAGAAUGCGAUCCCAUUAUUCUUGACAAUGUUGCCGAUGAGCGAGGAUUUCGUCGCAAUUCCGUCGAUAAUCCCAGUCGAAUCGAAUCGUCGUCUCCAGCUGCCAUCUAUCGACUGUUGGUAGACACUGAUGGCUUUCUCGCCAACUUCCGUGGCCUUUCUUGCGCUCUCCUCCAGGGAGUCGUCACUAUUUACCCAGUCGUCUUGGUCGCUCGUUAUUGGCACUGGGGGGGCAGCUUUCUGGUGAGACUUUCCCCUGCGCUGGUGAUGGUCCAGUUCAGCACUUUAUGGCUGCAUCUUGUCAUCACCAAGCCCAGUAAAGGGUCAUUCUGGAGACGUGUGCCCCCGUUUGGACGCACCUUCGAGGCGACAUGGAGAGCCGUCGUCGUUCACUGGGCUUCUGUUGAAGUAACGCGAUGGCUGCCCUACUGGUUAGCCGCUUCGAUGGGUAUCGACUGGCCGCAUUUCAACCUCCUCAUGCCCGACAACAUCUAUGCUUUCAGAAUCCACAUGGCAACCGGAGACCUCGCACUGUACUCCAAAUGCGCUCUGGUUAUCCUGGUUACCGUCAUCGGCUCCAUCUGUCUCGUUGUUCCCAGCCAAGUCGUUCUGAUGCGAAUCCAGGCGUCCCUUCUCCCGAUCGAAGAUGAUACUAUUAUUCCCUUCGACCGAUCCUUUGAUGGGAAAGUAGUGCCGUGUGCCAUGGGCGGUCGAGGUUAUGCCACAAUGUCCGAUGCGUUUCGAACUUAUACAUGGGCAUGUUGGAAGAAUCUGCUUAUUCUUUCCAUCAAAAUUAUCAUCUUAUCGUUGUCAUUGGUCGGUUUUGUUUCUUUCUUGUUGAUUGCACAGUGGUCCAUCAUCAUUAAGCGGACCGUGGAGCCAAACAUGUACAACAACUGA